AUGCCUGCCUCACAACUUAAGAGGCUGAAGGCCUCCCUCCGAGACCAGGGAAUUAUCGGGCCUCAGCAAUCAAAAAAGCAGAAAAAGGCAACCGCCAAGGAUGGACGAGCUCGUAAUGAGAAGCGCCUUCAGCGCGGCGCCGCCCUCGAGAACAUCCGCGAGCAGUUCAACCCGUUUCAGUUCAAGACGAAUGCCCGAGGUCCGAAGUUUGCCGUGACCACUGACAAGCCUGACCCGAAGAAAGGGGUCGUGGGACGUCCAGGGAUGGCAAAGGCUCUGGGCGAGGAGAGGAGGAAGGAGACUCUCUUGGUCGAGAUGCAGAGGCGGAACCGGAUUGGCGGAAUCUUCGACAGACGGUUUGGUGAGGGCGACCCAAGCUUGACACCCGAGGCGGCCGCCGCACAGCGAUUCGCGCUGGAGAAGCAGAAGGCGCACAAGAAAACCUCAAUGUUCGAUUUGGAAGAUGACGACGAGCCGGUUUUGACACACGGAGGAAAGUCUUUUGAGUUUGACGAGGAUGGAGAACUUAAGGACGACUUCAACGAGGAAUUUUCCGAUAGCGGCUCGGACAUGUCAGACCUAGAAGAGCACAACCGGAAGAGACUAAAGCGGUUGCGAGACCAAGUGGAGGCCAACGAAGAAGGCGAUGAGAAGGAGUCGGAGAGGAAGAAGUCCAAGAAAGAGGUAAUGGAGGAAGUUAUCGCCAAGUCAAAAUUCCACAAGUACGAGCGCCAGGCUGCGAAGGAAGACGACGAGGACCUCAGAUUGGAGCUGGACAAGGAGACGGCCGACAUCCGGUCACUUCUCAUGGGCCAGCGCAUGAAGAAGAAUGGGGAGACGCCGAUCGACGACAAUAAAGCGGCAGCUGUCACAGGGCUGGACAGGGAUGCCUUCGAAAAGGAUUACGACCUCGCUGUGAGAAAGAUGACGCAGGACAAGCGAGCAAAACCCACCAUGAGGACGAAAACGGACGAAGAAGUUGCAGAGAAAGAGGCUGAGCGGCUGCGGGAGCUUGAAGAGAAGAGGCUCAAGCGGAUGAGAGGCGAGGAAGUGAGCGACUCGGAAGAAGACGAAGAGAGCGAGGCAGACGCCGAGGACGAUAUCGAUGACAACAAGCCUGCAUUCGAAGUUAUCAGGACCGAUGGCGAGGACGUUGAUUUCGGCCUUGGAAAAGGCAUCAAAGCACGUCCAACCGCAACAGAACUUGGGUUUGACGACGAGGAUGACUUCGUGAUUGAGGACGACUUGGUUGCCAGCGGCUCGGACCUGGGCGACAUUGACGACGCUGAUUUCACUUCGAGCGAAGAUGAGGAUGCGGCCGCCCAAGAGGAUGAAGACGACGAGUUCACGAAAGGACUUCUUACGGAGAGCGAAGCAAAAGACUCCCUCUUCAACAAGGAAACGAACCUGAGCAACACGAACACAACCGAUGAUGGCUUGCCAUACACAUUUCCAUGCCCGCAAAGCCAUGCCGAAUUCCUCGAGGUUGUUAAGGACAUCCCGUUGCCUAAACAGCCAACCGUCAUUCAACGUAUCCGAGCACUAUACCACCCUAAGCUCCGGCGUGAAUACAAAGAGAAAUUGGGGAACUUCUCCAGAGCCCUGGUGCAGCAUAUCGCGUACCUGGGCACAGUCUCUGAGGAUGGUUUGUACUCCACCUUGGAGAACGUGAUUCGGCAUGUACAUUCUCUGGCCAAGAUGUUCCCAGUCGAGAUCGCGCAAGAGUUCCGCUCGCACAUCGAAGAGAUGGGACAUCAGCGACCCUUAGCACUUGAAGUUGGGGACUUGUAUAUCUUGACAGCAAUUGGUUCUAUGUUCCCCACAUCAGAUCAUUUCCACCAGGUAGCCACGCCGGCGAUGCUCUCGAUGGGGCGUUUCUUGGGCCAAAAGGUUCCGAGCAACCUGGCGGACUAUGCCACCGGCACUUAUCUGUGCACCCAGUCCUUACACUACCAGAAGCUUGCCAAGCGCUUUGUGCCAGAGGUCAUGAACUUCACACUGAACACUAUUUGCGCCCUGGCACCUGAAAAGCCCAAACGAAAGCUUGGCUUUUUCCCCGUACACGAACCAAGCCCUUCGAUACGGACCAAUGGUGCAAAGAAGACUGCGAUCCGCAAACUGGGCUGCAAUGACUGCCGAGCAUCACAGAACGAGGUCUCUCAUGAGAGAAAGGUCGCACUAUUGAGCACCAACAUAUCAUUACUGAUGGCCGCCUCCGAGACAUGGGCCGGAAAGCCUUCCUUCCUCGAGACCUUUGAACCAGCACUCAAAACACUGCAGUGUCUCACGUCCAAGCCAAACCGACCGCAUCUUCCCGACGCGCUGCUACAGGACGCUGAGAAGGUAGCUGCACACCUCUCUCGUGCCCUCAAGGUGGCGACACUGUCACGGAGACCACUGGAGCUCCACCACCACAAGCCGCUCGCCAUCAAGACAUUCAUCCCCAAGUUCGAGGACGGCUUCGACCCGGAGAAGCACUACGACCCGGACCGAGAGCGGGCGGAGAUGGCCAAGCUGCGGGCGGAGCACAAGAAGGAGCGCAAGGGGGCGAUGCGGGAGCUCCGCAAGGACGCCAACUUCCUGGCGCGCGAGAAGCUGCGCCUCAAGAAGGAGAAGGACGCGGCGUACGAGAAGAAGUACAAGAGGCUCGUGGCGGAGAUCCAGGGCGAGGAAGGCCACGCGGCGAACGAGUACGAGAGGGAGAGGCAGAAACGGAAGCAGUCGAAGAACAGGUAG